CACACUGUGACAGACCGGGACAGACCGGGAUAGACCGGGACAGCAGGAGCGGGACCUGCGGGAUCAGAGUUCCGGCCGCGCGCUCCCGUCAUGCUCGGCGCGGUGAAGAUGGAAGGGCACGAGGCUCCGGACUGGAGCGGAUACUACAGCGAGGAGCAGGAGGUGUACUCUCCGAUGGCGAGUGGUGGGAUGUCCUCUGGUCUCGGGAUGGGCUCCAUGUCGGGCUACAUGUCCGGCGCCGGCGCCACGGCCGGCUCCUUCAACAUGUCGUAUGGAGGGACCGGUCUGAGCCCCGGCCCGGUGGGGGGGAUGGGCGGCCCGGCCCCAGCGACCAUGUCGGGUCUGGGCGGGGGCGUGGCCUCGAUGGGCGGUACCGUGAGCCCAUCGGCGCAGCAGUCGAUGGGUCUGAACCCGUACAGCCCGGCCAUGAGCCCCGGCGUGGUGUACGGUGGCGGGGGCGGACUGAACCGCGGCCGCGAGAACAAGGCGUUCAGACGGAGCUACCCGCACGCCAAGCCGCCUUACUCCUACAUCUCGCUCAUCACCAUGGCGAUCCAGCAGGCGCCCAGCAAGAUGCUGACGCUGAGCGAGAUCUACCAGUGGAUCAUGGACCUGUUCCCGUACUACCGGCAGAACCAGCAGCGCUGGCAGAACUCCAUCCGCCACUCGCUGUCCUUCAACGACUGCUUCGUCAAGGUGUCGCGCUCGCCGGACAAGCCGGGGAAGGGCUCGUACUGGACGCUGCACCCCGACUCCGGGAACAUGUUCGAGAACGGCUGCUACCUGCGCCGCCAGAAGAGGUUCAAGUGCGAUAAGAAGAUGUCGCCCGCGGCGGGGAAAUCCGACAGCAGGAAGGAUGCCGGCCGAGCGUCGCCUGGCGGAGACAAACCUCCGGGACUCCUGGACACCGGCGCGCUGCCGUCCUCGCCGCCCGGUCUGGACCUGCGAGGUGGCGUGGGCGUGGGCCCGUCGGAGCUGAAGGUGUCGGGCUCGCAGCUGCUGUCCUCUCUGUCGUUGCCGCAGCACGCCAUGGCGCAUGAGUCCCAGCUGCAUCUGAAAGGAGACCCGCACUACGCCUUCAACCACCCCUUCUCCAUCAAUAACUUAAUGUCGUCCUCGGAGCAGCAGCACAAACUGGAGCUGAAGGCCUACGAGGCGCUGCAGUACUCGUCCUACAGCGCUGGCGCCGGGCGCAGCGCCGAGCCGCUGGAGGCGUCCUACUACCAGUAUCCCAGACCGCUCAUCAACACCUCGUAGUACCCGCUGCACUUCCUGUCUUCUUAUGAACCGCUCGUACGCUUAGCUACAGAAAGUUAUGCACUGUGAUUCGUAUGUAUUUAUUCUCAGACCCAGACAGAAUUGGUGGAUUUAUUUUGACAGUG